AUGAGCCUUGAGAUGCUUUCACAGCGACGUGCCUUCAUCUUCUUCGUACCUCAAACAUGCAAGCAGACACCAGACAAAGCUCCUGACAUCCACCCAUCCUCCAUUCCUCCUUCUCAUCAUCACUUCUUUCCCGCACUUUAUUCUGUCUCCUCCUCCUCAGCUUUAUCCCACUUCUCCCCUCUGCUCCCUCCAUCCCUGCACAGCCUCUUAAGGUUUCUCCUGCUCCUUUUGGGCUCCCUGUGUUUUCUACCCAGCCCAGCUCAUGCAGCUUGGUUUCGGAUCGGGGUGGUGGGACCGUGGGGGUGUGACCCUCUCUUUGCCAAAGCCCUCCCCAGUGUGGCAGCACAGCUCGCUGUCAACCGCAUCAACAAAGACCCAUCGCUGGCCUAUGGAGCAACGUUCGACUAUUCUGUGCUGCAGGAGCCGUGUGAGACAUCAAGGGCGCUGGAGGCGUUCAUUGGUUUCCAUACCAAGGCCUCAGGAUACAUUGGACCAGCCAAUCCCGGCUACUGUGAUACUGCGUCAAUGCUGAGCAAAGGCUGGAACAAAGCAUUGUUUCCUUGGGGUUGUGUUGGCUAUGAGCUGGACGACGUUCGGAGCCACCCGACCUUUGCUCGCUCCAUGUCGAGGCCCACCUGGGUGCUGCUCAACGUCAUAAACUACUUCAGAUGGGCCUACAUCGGCAUCAUCUCUUCCUCAGAGGAUAUCUGGGUGGAGACGGCCACCAAGGUAGCUGACUCCUUGAGGAGCCAUGGUCUCCCAGUCAGACUUGUCAGUUUUAUGGAGAACACACCUCAUGGCAUCAGGCGAACUCUAACCAAGCUCCGCAAGAUGAGAGAAAUACGAGUUGUGAUCCUCUGCAUGCACUCGGCUCUGAUUGGCGGUGGAGCCCAGAAGCAGCUCUUGGAGACGGCCUACGACAUGCAGCUGAUCGAUGGCUCCCUGGUCUUUGUGCCCUAUGACACUUUGCUCUACAGCCUGCCGUAUCGCAACGUCACCUACCCAGCUCUAAAGAGGAACAGCAAACUGCUGCGGGCCUACGACGCCGUCCUGACCGUCACCAUCAACUCACCUCAGGUGUCCUUCUUUGAGGCUUACAGCGAGGCCAUGGAGAGAGGGGAGGUGGCCAAGACGCUGAAGCCUCAUCAGGUUUCUCCACUUUUUGGCACCAUCUACAGCUCCGUCCUCAUCAUGGCUCAUGCAGUGCAUCGUGUUCAGCAGGCUGGGGUGUGGAUGUCUGGGGGAAACUUGGCAAGACACACCCGCAACCUGGACUUCCAGGGCUUCAGCCAUCCCGUCAAAAUCAACGACUCUGGAGCUGCUCUGCUGGAAUACCUCAUACUGGACACAGACGGACUCUCCUGGGAGCUGAUGCCAACAUACAGCAUUGACAUGGAGGCCGGCAUGGUGCGUUUCCUGGGUCGAGAAAUCCACUUCCCUCAUGGCUACAGACCCAGGAAGGACUCCUCAUGCUGGUUUACUCCUGGAGUCAUUUGCUCAGGGGGUGUGGAUCUAUUCUCGACCAUCAGCAUGUUCUUCGGAGCCAUGUCAACUUCUGUUUUUGCAAUGGCGUUUAUUUACUGCAUCAGGCGACGCAUCAAUCAAAUUCGACUGGUUAAGGGCCCAAACAGGAUCUUGCUGACUCUGGCUGAUGUCACAUUCAUCAACCCGUCGCUUAGCAACAAGAAGCUGAGUCUGGAUGACAGCCGGGCGAGCGGCAUGAGGAGCGUAUCAGACAUCACGUCGCCAGUCUCAACUCAAUCUCCAGCCACCUACGAGAACUCCAACGUUGUCAUUUUUGAGGGUGACUGGGCGUGGCUGAAGAGACUUCCUGAUGGGACGUUUAGCAGCAUCAACCCCAAAACAAGCCUUGUGUUUGAACUGAUGAAGGACAUGCGUCAUGAGAACAUUAACCCUUUCUUGGGCUUCUUCCACGACUGCGGCGUGUUCGCCAUCGUGACCGAGUUCUGCUCCAGAGGAAGUUUGGAGGACCUGCUCCUGAAUGACGACGUCAAACUCGACUGGAUGUUUAAGUCGUCUCUGCUACUGGAUUUAAUAAAGGGUAUGAAGUACCUCCACCACCGCGGAGUGUCCCACACUCGUCUCAAGUCCCGUAACUGUGUGGUGGACGGGCGUUUUGUCCUGAAGGUCACGGACUAUGGCUACAACGAGGUUCUGGAGGCACAGAGGUUCCCUUACAUGGAGCCACCUGCGGACGAGUUGCUGUGGACGGCUCCAGAGAUCCUGAGGAGCAGGAAGCCUGAGCUUCACGGGAGUCUAGCUGGAGACGUGUAUAGCUUCGCCAUCAUCAUGCAAGAGGUGGUGGUCAGAGGGCCUCCGUUCUGCAUGCUGGACUUGUCCGCCACAGACAUAAUAGAGAAGCUGUGUAAGCCUCCUCCUCUGUGUCGACCGGUGGUCAGUCCAGACUGCGCUCCUUUAGAGUGCAUCCAGCUGAUGAAACAGUGCUGGAACGAACAGCCAGAGAAGAGACCGACCUUUGAUGAGAUCUUCGACCAGUUUAAAAACAUUAACAAGGGGAAGAAGACUAACAUCAUAGACUCCAUGCUGAGGAUGCUGGAGCAGUACUCGUCUAACCUGGAGGAGCUGAUCAGGGAGCGAACGGAGGAGCUGGAGAUUGAGAAACAGAAAACGGAGAAGCUGCUCACACAGAUGCUUCCUCCAUCUGUGGCCGAGGCUUUAAAGGUCGGCGGUACAGUCGAACCUGAGUACUUUGACAAAGUGUCGCUUUACUUCAGCGACAUCGUCGGCUUUACUACCAUCUCAGCCAACAGCGAACCCAUCGAGGUGGUCGACCUGCUCAACAACCUCUACACGAUCUUUGACGCCAUCAUUGGAAACCAUGAUGUCUACAAGGUGGAGACUAUUGGUGAUGCUUAUAUGGUGGCGUCAGGUGUUCCUGUCCCUAACGGCAACCGCCAUGCUGCAGAGAUAGCCAACAUGGCCCUCGACAUCCUGAGCGCUGUGGGAACCUUUAAAAUGAGACAUAUGCCAGACGUUCCUGUCAGGAUACGUAUAGGACUGCACACAGGUCCAUGUGUAGCAGGUGUGGUAGGUCUCACCAUGCCUCGUUACUGUCUGUUUGGAGACACAGUGACCACCGCCUCUCGUAUGGAGUCCAGCGGGCUGCCCUACAGGAUCCACGUCCACCAGAGUACAGUAAAGGUCCUGCGGGAACUAAAUCUCGGCUACAAGCUUGAGUUGAGGAGUAGGACAGAAGUGAAGGGGAAACCUGUAGAGGAGACCUACUGGCUUGUCGGGAAAGAGGGAUUUAACAAACCUCUUCCUGUUCCUCCAGAGGUCAAGUCAGGCAUCGCAACAGGUGAGUCAAAGGACGUGAAGCGUGCGUUUCACAAGGCGGUGAAGAAAAUCUCUCAUGUCCGUGUCGCGACUCAGGUCAGCACGCCAGAUGAUGAAGACAACGUCAUGAUGUCCCACCACUGA